AUGUUGCGGGAAGCUGUAGCUGCUGGGCGCACGUGGCAUGCAGACAGGCUUGCGCUGCUUUGCUCCGUGGCUUUGACCGCUGCCUGGUGCCAGGAUUCGAUCAUCGAACUGGUGAGGCGGCUCCUGGCCUCAGAUGCCCGCGUAAAACGCGCGGAGGCUCUCCGGUCAGGGCGGCGACUGAAGGUCGCCAUUCUGGGUGCCGGCAUGGGCGGCAGCGCCUUAGCAUUGUGGCUGCGCGACUUGCUCGGGGACCAGGUCGACAUUGCCUUGUUCACAAACGGUUCCAUUGGGGGCCGUUGCCAGGCCUUGGAGCUGGAUGGCCAACGCUACGAGGCCGGCGCCUCCAUCAUCUCCGAGGUGAAUGUUCUUUUCAAGGCCUUGAUGGGGCGAUUUGCGUUGAAGAAGCGCGAGCUGUCCAAGUGCAACAUGCCCCUGGCAGUGUUCAACGGCACUCGCUUCCUCUUCAGCACAGCCAGUACAGCUGCGACCAACGGCUGGAAGUUCGCCACGAAGCUCUUGAACCUUUGGAAGCUGAGUUCGCGCUUCGGGUUUCUGUCCCUAAUGCGGCUGAACCGGCUUGCCAAGCGCUCGUGUGCACCGAACUUCACCCGCCUCUACCGAGCCUUGCGUGACGGUGCUGCCUAUGCCCACCCACGCGAGCUUCUUAGCACGCUAGGACACAGCAGCCUUCACCUCACGCAAAGACACGCAGACAAAUGGCUCGUGCGCGAGAUGAGCAUUCCCGGGCCGAUCGUGCAGGAGCUUGCUGAACCUGGUAUGCGUGCCAACUACGGAGGUCAGGGCUGCAACGCACUUCACGCCUUCGUUGGGUUGGUGAGCAUCAUCGGUGGGAUCAGCAGCAAGUGCUUUGCUGUGCUCGGGGGCAAUUACCAGGUAGCAGAGCGGUCGGUGGAGGCUUCGGAGCCACGCGUGCUGCGUGCCUCUGCAAGGCUUAUCCGGAAGGAUCGGCACGUGGACACCUCUGCACUGUACGAACCGGCCUUUGAAGUUGGUUACUAUGCAUUGCCAGAGCCGGGAUGCAAUGCCGGCCCCUCUGGCUGGCCUUUGGCUUCGACACGGGGGCCGAAAGAGCCUGAGACAGAGGGCCUCCGCGUGGAGGCCUUCCACAUCGUUGUGGUCGCUCACCCGCUAGAGCACUCCAACCUUUGCUUCGAGGGUUGCUGCGAAACCAUGCAGGCAAGGCCGACGCCGCAGUUUAGGCGCUGCACUGCGCACUUUCUCCGUGGCACGCUCAACCUGCGCUACUUCGCGGAGGCAACCUUUCGCCAAGCCACGCCGACGGAGCUGAGAGCAGCAGCUGGGGCUUACGAGGCUGACCCUCAGGCCUCCAUGCCGCUGUUUGAGAACGCGAUCAUACCUGGUAUCAAGGUUGACACCGGCCUCGUCGUUCUCGUGGGUGGUUUUCAAGGCCUGUGCCAAUUAUGCGUCCAGCUGGAAGCUGUGCUCUUGAAGUCGUCGGUGAUCACACCUGGAGCACAGUGCGGUGAGAGUGGGGACCCUGCGACUGUUGCAUCGCAGACCUUGGAAUCUUUGAAUCUUGUGGUGCCUCCAGCCGUGCCAGGCAUCAUGUUCUUGUCCGGUGGCCAGUCCGAGAUUGAAGCGACAUUGAACCUCAACGCCAUGAACCAACGAACCAAUCCUUGGAAUGUCUCGUUCUCCUAUGCCUGCGCACUACAGAACACCACCCUCAAAACCUACCCCGUGGCAGCGCAAGCGAAGCUGCUCAUCCGAGCCAUGGCGAAAGCUCAGCUGGGAGAAUACGACCCUGCCACAGCUGAUGAGGAUGCGACUGCAGCAGACGGCAUGUACGUGAAGGCUCCAGCGCAGAUACUGACGACGGCCGAUGCUACAACCCCGUUCUACUCCAUAGGCUUGCAGCUGCCCGUGGACACAGCCUCACCGGCCCAGAUCGUUGCCAGCGCCGAAAAGGGAGAGCCGCAGGUGUACAAAGUCUUUGCCCCUCAGCCGCUUCCUGAAGAAGAGCUGGACAAAUGGUUUAAUCGCUGCCGAUCCUCUCCGCUUCAUGUGGUGGACUGGUACGCCUAUCCGCAGUACACAAUCCCACAGGGCUUUCGGCCGUUCGUGCUCGACCAGGAUGGGGUCUUCUACAUCAAUGCCAUCGAGCAGGCUCCCUGUUCUGCGGGGUGCAUUGGCGAUUGCACUAAUUAUCCAUCUGCCGCUGCAAAAACACAACGUACGAUCGAAUCCUGCAUUCCAAAUUCUACAAGUCGAAAUCGCCCAGACACCGUGAACGCAAAGACCGUGGCUUUCAGGGUGAGAGGUGCAUCUGAGUAA